GAGUGUCAUUGGCGGAUGACCGCAGCCGGCGCUGCCGCCGCGACCAUGGCCUCCGGCAGCAGCGGCCUCGCUGUCUCCCGUCUCCUGACGCGCUACUUUUUCGUGCAGCAACAUGGAAUUCGACAUUGUUCCUAUGAAUCUUCCCGGAAAAAUCUCUAUAUUGAUAAAAAUACAAAAAUUAUUUGCCAGGGUUUCACUGGCAAGCAGGGCACCUUUCAUAGCCAACAGGCCUUAGACUACGGCACCAAACUGGUUGGAGGAACAACCCCAGGGAAAGGAGGCAAGAUGCAUCUGGACUUACCCAUCUUUAAUACUGUGAAGGAGGCCAAGGAAAAGACAGGAGCGACAGCAUCUGUCAUUUAUGUCCCUCCUCCCUUUGCUGCUGCGGCCAUAAAUGAAGCUGUGGAGGCAGAGAUGCCCUUGGUGGUGUGCAUUACCGAGGGCAUCCCCCAGCAGGACAUGGUCCGGGUCAAGCACACACUGCUGCGCCAGGGAAAAACGAGGCUGAUCGGGCCAAACUGCCCCGGAGUCAUCAAUCCUGGUGAAUGCAAAAUUGGUAUCAUGCCUGGCCAUAUUCACAAGAAAGGAAGAAUUGGCAUUGUGUCCAGAUCUGGCACCCUGACCUAUGAGGCAGUUCACCAGACGACACAAGUUGGAUUAGGGCAGUCCUUGUGCAUUGGCAUUGGAGGUGAUCCUUUUAAUGGAACAAACUUUAUUGACUGCCUAGAAGUCUUUAUGAAUGAUCCAGCCACGGAAGGCAUCAUAUUGAUCGGUGAAAUUGGUGGAAAUGCAGAAGAAGAUGCUGCAGAGUAUUUGAAGCAACAUAAUACAGGUCCAAAUGCCAAGCCUGUGGUGUCCUUCAUUGCCGGGUUAACAGCUCCUCCGGGCAGGAGAAUGGGUCACGCGGGGGCGAUUAUUGCAGGAGGCAAAGGGGGCGCGAAAGAGAAGAUCUCUGCCCUCCAGAGCGCCGGGGUCGUCAUCAGCAUGUCUCCCGCCCAGCUGGGGAGCACCAUGUACAAGGAGUUUGAAAAGAGGAAGAUGCUAUGAAAGAAAUGCCAAACCAAAAAAUUUCCCAAAGCUGUGGAGUGAAUCAUAGGAAUAAGAACCAGCAACUGUCUGCUCCUGUUGUCCACUAACUGUCAGAGGCGCUGCACCCGACAGUGGUCUUUCAGUGCAACAGGAAGCCCAAACAAAGAAUGCUCUAUUCUGAGAUGUCUUCACUUGACUGUGUAACAGAGACAACCAAUAAAUCUACCUUUAAACUUGAA